AUGAUUGCAAGGCCGUUUAAAAUCUUACUUUCUGGUCUUUUGCUUGCUUCAACUGCUGCAGUUGCCGCCGAAUGGCCAUUCGAUGUUACGACAAUCACUGCGCCGGACAACUCUGUCACGGCUAAAUUCGUGUCGUUUGGAGCUACCAUGACAGAAUUGUGGGUCAAGGACAAGUUCGGAAAGGCUAGGGACAUCAUCUUGGGUUAUGAUGAUAACAGCGAGCUUCUAACGGAUCCAGCACAUCCAGUCUUCAAUCCAAUUGUAGGAAGAUAUGCGAAUCGGAUCAAGAAUGGUCUGGAUACUCUACAUGGCGGAAUAUAUGGUUGGGAUCGCCGCAACUGGACAAUUGUCGAGAAGACAGCGUCGAGUGUGACCUAUCGGCACUUCGAUUCGGCGGAUGAAGGAUUCCCAGGCGAUGUCACUGUUUUCGCAACACACAGCGUCGAGCGCGGCGGCAUUUUGAAGACUACCGUGCAUGCGUCGGCUACUGCACUAACCCCGAUCAUGACGACGCAACAUAUCUACUGGAAUCUGGAUGCGUUCCAGCAGGGAAGCGAAAAUAUUCUCAACCAUACACUUCGUGUAGAUGGUGGGAAAGUCCUCGCCACCGACUCAAUACAGAUACCUACAGGAGACUUCAUUAAUGUUGGCGGAACAGCUUUCGAUUUUCAGGAAGCUCGCCAAGUUGGCUCUCGUUGGGCGGACACAAUCGACUAUUGCGGUUGUCAAGGGUAUGAUAACUGCUGGAUCUACAGCAAGGAAGAGCAGACCAACUCCGGUGUCUCUUUGUGGAGCGACCUAUCGGGAAUUCGAGUGGAUAUGACAACAAAUCAGCCCGCUGUACAGGUCUACACUGCGUAUUGGCUCAAUACUCCGCGGAAGGUCGUACAUGGUGGCCCGACACUCAACUACACGAAAUGGUCUGCCGUCGCUAUCGAACAAGAAGGAAUCGUCGAUGCCGUUAAUAAUCCUGUGUGGGGUGUGAAUCAGAUCUGUGGACCAGGAAAGGAUUUUGAAUGGAGCACAACAUACCAUUUUUCAGUUGUGCAUUGA